CUUUGGGGAGGCGCCUCGAAGGCCGAAUUCAUUCUCGCUGCUUUUACACAUGGCCGAAGAAAGUGGGUCUUGCGACCCUAUCGGAACCAUUUUAGUGAAGGUUCAAGACGACCUUUAUCAACUAAAGAGAGAUCUUCAUAUUGAACAUGAUGGGAAAGAACUUAUUGACAUUCAGGCUCUUGAAAAAGCGAUCGAAAGAACCAAGUUGGGGAUAAGAGUACAUGUUGAGAAUUACCUAAGUACUAUAAGUCACCGUGUGUUAACUACAACUAUUGAAAGUGCCAAAAUAUGUGAUAAAGAGCCUUCUAAAGAGUUGCAUCCAGUUGGUGUUUCUCAGAAGGCAUUUCUGUUUCCACAAGAAAGUGUAGGUAAAAAAUGGCAAGGCAAAAAAGAGGGAAAAGACAUUCCAUUCAUUUCUCCAGGUACAAAGCUAAAGACAGAGCUGCGUUUAAAAAUCUUGCAUGAUCCUGAACAUGCCUACCACAGAGCUGCUGUAAAUCAGAGCUAUGGAAUCAGUUUGCCAUUUAUUAAUAAAAGAAAACCAGGACGUGUCCAGCUUCAGAAGAUAAUCAAAGGGACAACCGUUGAAAACCUGGGGAUUUUGACAUCUCACCGCAAGAAUCCCUAUCUCACACCUCUACCUAUCCUUGAAAAAGAUGCAAAGAAAGGUAUUUUGAGUAUGAUUCAACGAGGACUAAUCCCACCAGCAGCAAAAAUUACUUUCGAAACCCCACCUAUCAUACCUAAAACUGCUUUCCUUCAUUCUUAUAAACAACCUAAGACCAAAUCCAAAAGAAAAUUUGGAAAAGCCUUGCCAGUGAUUAAUAUAGACAAUGUUGAGCUCCCUAAACCCAGAGAUCUUGAAGUGAAGAUUCCUCCAAUUACAGGCGAAAGAGGUCCACCUUCAUCCAGCAUCUCUUUCUCAUCAAUUUUGAAAACACAGCCGAUAACAAAACCAAAAGCGGCCCAUCGAGUUAAAUCUAAAAUCGUGCCUCCCAUGUUGUUACCACCUCAUCCACUUCAGAAAGCACCUAUGGAUUAUGAUUUUUUUAUUUACAAUGGCGUAAUAGAUCCAGAGGCUGAAGAUUUCAUAGCUUUCAAAGAACAUUUUUGUUUAUCUUGGGGAAAUAUAUUUUCUCUCUUGGAACACAUAGAGAAAUUUCUCAAGGACUAUGCAAUACCUGAAGUCAAGAUAAAAGGGAAAAAUUUGGUAGCACUUCUUCCUGACUUUGAACUUAACAGUAGGCCUACUAAAUUAGACCUCUUGUCAGCAUUAGAGAAUCCAACUUAUAUCCUCAAAUUAAUUAGUCAGCCAGGCCGGAGAUACAAAGGGCAAGGGGGAAUAGAGGAAGCUAUUAUCAAGAUCCAAGCAACAUGGCGAUGCUAUCUGGCCAAAAAAGCAUAUUCUAUUUUCCGAGAGCAGAAAUGGGCUUCAGGUGUGAUUGCCAUCAACUGGCUUCUACAUGGUCAUAAGGCCCGAAUAAAAAAGAUCCUGAAGGAAGUACGAGAAAGACACCUGGAGAAUUUCCACAAGCGAGCCAAGCAUCUGGCAGCCAACUGGAAUCGCAUCAGGACCUCCAGGAGGACUAUUAUCCAUAUCCCAUCAUUAGGAUAUAACAAAUAUGUACGGGAAAAUGCUGUUGAUUUCCAUGUGCAACAAAAUUUGCAGCUGGGAAGAUUGUGUGAUAUACUAGAUGCCAACGUGGAAGUCAUCUACAUCUGCCCCUUUCACCCGCCUGAGGAAUUAUUGGGUUAUUAUAAUACAUUGCUGGGUCUACAGCCAGCUGUCAUAACUGGAAACCCUAAGGACAUAGGUGACCCGAAGGACAGGUUCAGAAUUCUCUCCCCUGAAGCUAUAGACUUCUUCCCUGGACAUUGUAUGUGCCUGGCCAGUCAUCUCAAGUACAGUCCCCAGACAAUCAAAAGAAUAAAAAAUCUCAUCCAAGGAAAGGAUGCGUACAUUGUUGGCGGGCUCAUCCACAAAGAUGAUUUAGCUGUGGCAGACAUGUUGGAUGUGCCUAUUCUAGGCUCAGAGCCUGAAGUGGCCCAGCUCUAUAGUACUAAGUCUGGAAGUAAACGGAUCUUUGCCAGUGCCCAUGUACCAGUUCCUCCUGGAGUUUAUGAUGUCUACAAUUACCCACAGAUAUUAGAAUGCUUAAGUCGACUUAUCAUUGAUAAUCUGAUUGUACAACGCUGGAUAUUUAAAGUGGACAAUGAAAUUGGAGGCAACGGGACUGCCUUUUGUGACAUUAUUUCUCACCUGAAAUGUUAUAAUUGGGUCAUACAGCAAAGUCGCAAAUACGGUGUCAGAAACUGGAAUAAGAAAUGGGCACAUGAGCCAGCUUUGGAGAGGAUCUCCGAGGAGCUGGCGGGCAUUUUAGCACAGCACGCGCAGCUAGUCAAUGAGAAACGAUUCCCUUCAUGGGCAAAAUUCCUCCGUACAUUUCUCAGUCAAGGUGGUGUGAUCGAGGCAUUUCCCCCUUCUGAAAAUGUCACCAAUUUGACUGUGGAUAUGUUGAUAGAGCCAACAGGAGAAAUAAAAAUGCUUUCAACAGGGGACCAACUCCAUGCAGAUGGCCCUUUGGUCUCCUCUGGCAACACCAUACCACAAUCAUCAGUUGAUCCAGAGGUUCUCAACACAUUAUGUUUUCAAAUAGGAAAUGCAUGUAAAGAGAGAAACAUCGUGGGUUAUUUCUCUAUUGACCUAGUGACCUUUAUCCAUCCAGAAACCUUGGAACAGCAGAUAUGGGCAACAGACCUUGAACUUUUUUAUAGUGACCAGCUUUCCUUGACACAGCUCGUCUUGUAUGUGACCAGAGGAAAUCUGGAUUUCAGGUCUAGUGUCUUAGAAGUGACACCCUCUGUAAAGAAACUUGAAACUUCCCUCAGCCAGAUGGAGAUAGAACCAAUUGAUAAAUGCAUUCGCUAUGCACUGACGACCAACAACCUGUUUCACACCAACCUGUCCCUCAUCUUCCACAGUGUCUUCCUUCGGAUGUGUAAGGCCCAUGGCAUAGGAUACGAUGUAGAGGAAAAACAAGGAACAAUUUUUAUAUUAUUUGAAACUCAGAAGAGGUAUAGAAUGGGAAUAUUAACAAUCGGAGAGGAUCUCCAGGGGGUCCUCAUGACCUUUGCUCACAAUCUCUUCAUCAUCCAUCAAGAAAUAUCAUCACCUAAUAUGCAAGGCGAGACCAAUUUUAAGAGAUUCGUUAAUGAUACCGAGACAGUCCUAGGAAUUACAGCAGAAAAUAAAAUAAAAUUUGAAGAGCAAGCUGCCAAAAAUGAAAAUGACUUAAUCUGAGAAUCAUAGUUCAUUGAUAUCUGCAAAUUCUAUCAUUCUUGAUACUCAUUUGGAAAUUACAACGAUUUUCUCAAUGACUGGAGGAAAUACAACUUUUCCUUCUUUUAGCAGUCAAAUGAAAACUAGGUAGUGUGAGGAAACUGGAACAAUAUUCUUUGUUAUUUGCUAUUAAGGAAUCUUAAUUCAUUUGUCAAAACUAUAAUUGUAAUUCUGUAUUUAAGUUUGUAUGCACUCAACUUGUUUUAGCCACCAAAAGAAAAAAAUCCAACAAGAGAAAUCAUUUCUCUAUUUAAUACUAUGCCUUUAUAUGCUUCAGACUUAAGAAGCUUCUAUUUUUAAAACUUCAUAGAUAGGUGGGUUGAGGGAGAAUAACUUGUGCAUCCUUGAUUAUUCCUGAGAGGAAUUUGUCUCUUGUACUUUUUUCCUAAUAAGAAACUUUUUCUUUCUUCUUUACUUUUUAAAAAUCUAUAAUCAUUGUCAUCUUCCAAAACCUAAUUGUCCUUUCUUUUCUUUUUAAAAAUUGUUGAGAUUUUUAAAAAUCUUUUUACCUUGACUGUAUUUUCUUUAUGCCAAGUCAAAAAAAAUUUUUUUUGGUCAUUUCCAAACAGUUGAUGCUAGUAGUCUACCAUCAGCCUGUAACUAAAGCUACAGAAUUUAUCUAGGUGGCAGCAUGCACUCUUAUUUUAAGCUGCAGAAUAACCCCAAUCCUGUCAAUUGAAUAAACAAUCUUGUUCCCCAGUACUUAGGGUUCAUUGCAGUCAUAGAAUUUUCACUAGUAAUGGUACAUACAAUACAAGUAUUUAGCUGUAUUUUUAAAAAGCAAUUGUCAAAAAUAAAGGGUGCCAAGUAUAAGCCAGACUAUCUAUUUAAAUACCCUAACUACAGUAUGAUCCAGUUUUGUGGGAGAAUGGGAAAAAAAAGUCUAAAUCACAAUGUUUUAAGUAAUGU